CCGGGCUCCUCCCGCCUGAGGGGGCGGCCCGGCCGCGUUUGGCGCCAUCGCCGCCAUGGAGCCCGAGCGGCUGCGGCGCCGCCUCGGCUCCGCGUUCCGCCUGCGGGGGCUCGUCCUGCGCCCGGAUGCCCUGAAGUAUCUCACUGAAGCUUUCCAGUCCACCAGUGAGGGAGAACUUGACGACAUAAUUGAAAAUGUCAUCGAUGCCGUUGAAAAACAGCCUUUGUCAUCCAACAUGAUUGAGCAGCCCCUGGUGGAAGCAGCUGUCCAGGAAUGCAGCCGGGCCCCGGAUGAGGCCAUAGAAAAUGUUUUCAACAUUAUUGGAGCCUUUGACAUCCCACGUUAUAUUUAUAAUUCAGAAAGAAAGAAGUUUCUGCCCCUGUCCAUGACUGACCUGCCCAGGCCCAGUUUGUUUGGGACUGCCAGGGACAAGGCGGAGCUGUUCCGGGAGCGCUACUCCAUCCUCCAGCAGAGGACUCACAGACAUGAGCUGUUCACUCCCUCACCAGUUGAUGCUCAUCCUGAUGAUAGCAAGAACAAAUUCCAGCUAAAGACAGUAGAAACUCUCUUGGGCAAUCCAGCUAAAGUGGGAGAGGUGAUUGUGCUUGGGAUGAUCACUCAGCUCAAGGAGGGGAAGUUUUUCCUGGAAGACCCCACAGGAGUGGUCCAGCUAGACCUUAGUAAAGCACAGUUCCACAGUGGGUUAUACACUGAAUCCUCCUUUGUUCUGGCAGAAGGUUGGUAUGAAGAUGAAGUUUUUCAUGUGAACGCUUUUGGAUUUCCGCCCACUGAGCCUUCUGCCACCACGAGAGCCUUCUAUGGGAAUAUCAACUUCUUUGGAGGGCCUUCCUCAUCAUCAGUAAAGGCUUCUGCCAAGCUGAAGCAGCUGGAGGAAGAGAAUGAAGAUGCCAUGUUUGUGUUUGUGUCUGAUGUGUGGCUGGACCAAGCAGAGGUGCUGGAAAAGCUUCACAUGAUGUUUUCAGGUUAUUCCUCUGCACCUCCCACCUGCUUUUUCUUCUGUGGAAAUUUUUCAUCUGCACCAUAUGGCAAAAAUCAGAUCCAGUCCCUGAAAGGUUCUUUGAAGGCUCUGGCAGAUAUUAUAUGUGAAUAUCCCAGCAUCCAUAAAAGUAGUCGAUUUGUGUUUGUCCCUGGUCCUGAAGAUCCUGGGCCUGGUUCAAUUUUACCAAGACCUCCCCUGGCUGAAAAUAUCACUCAGGAGUUCAGACAGCUGGUGCCAUUUUCAGUUUUCACCACAAAUCCCUGCAGGGUCCAAUACUGCACCCAGGAAAUCAUUAUUUUUCGGGAAGAUUUGGUCAACAAAAUGUGCAGGAACUGUGUCCGCUUCCCAAGCAGCACCAUGGACAUUCCCAACCAUUUUGUGAAGACCAUUUUGUCCCAGGGGCACCUGAGCCCGCUGCCGCUGUACGUCAGCCCCGUGUUCUGGGCCUACGAUUACUCGCUGCGGGUUUAUCCCCUGCCAGACCUGCUGGUCACCGCUGACAAACACGACCCCUUCUCUGUCACCAGCUGCGACUGCCUCUGCAUCAACCCCGUGGAUUUUCCCCCUUUUCCCUCACACCAAUGUGGAUUUCCCCCUUUUCCCUCACACCAAUUUGGAUUUUUCCCCUUUUUCCCUCACAGGGUUCCUUUCCCAGAAGUGGAUUUUGCUUCAAGGUGUUCUACCCCUCCAACAAGACAGUUGAAGACAGCAAGCUUCAAGGACUCUGAAUUCCUGUGGCGCUGAAAAAAGGCAGUGAACUCAUGGGAAGCCAACUGUAGCUCUUAUUUUCUUACAUGCCUAAGUAUGUAUUGUGGACUUUUUAUAAAAAAUGUCAAAGUCAAGACCCGUUUGUUUUGUACACAAAUAAACUUUUACAGGAAAAGA